AUGGAUUUUCGUCCAUUCAUCAGAAAUUAUUACACUAACUUAGUUUUCAAGAGCUAUAUGGAUUCGUAUUAUGAAGAAGAUGCUAUAAUAAUGAGAAUUACACCUGAUGAUGAGAAGGUUGGCAAUUUUACAGAUAACAAAGAUAUGGUAUUCAUCGAUGGAGUUACUUGCAUUGAAAUUUUAAGUGCUGUCAAUACCAAUGAAGUCGAUAAAACAACUCUUGUUAUUCGUGGCCUUUUCAGUUUUGCAGAUCAUAAGAAAUAUUUCGUUCAAGUAUUCAAAUUACAGAAAGUAGAUAAAUUUUAUAAAGCUUCUAACGACGUAAUGACAAUAUUUACCAAAGAAGAGAUCGAUAGUACAGUCCACGUUUUCAAAGUUAAAGCACGUACAUUCAAAGGAAAAUCUGCAUCAACAUCAGCGGAUACUAGUUCUGAGAAUCUUCUGAUCGAUGCAAAUAGUCCAAUUAAAGAAGCAGAAGAUAAAUCUCCAAGAAUUUCGAAUUCUGAAUCCAGUAAAGAAACACCAAAGAAAUCAGAUGUCAAAUCAGACCAAAGUAAAUCUCCUUCACCAAAGAAAGGAAAAUCGAAUGAAAAUUCAGUGAAUAAAUCAGAAAAGCCCAAAGAAGCAUUAGCAAAGACAAAUCCAACCAAAAGUCCAAAAGAAAAGACUCCAUCUAAACCGAAAUCACCUGAAACUGAUAAAAAUGAUAUGAAAAAACCAAAUUUUGAAAAUUGGACUCCAACUAAACAAGCAGUAGCCAUAUAG